CUCCGACGUCCGGACUCCGGGCUCGCCGCCUGCCGGGCCGGUUCCGCGCCCCGAACUCCCGCGCCCCGCGCCCCGGCGGGCGGAGCGCACCAUGCCGCAGCUGGACUCCGGCGGGGGCGGCGCGGGCGGGGGCGACGACCUGGGCGCGCCUGACGAACUGCUGGCCUUCCAGGACGAGGGCGAGGAGCAGGACGACAAGAGUCGCGACAGCGCCGCGGGCCCCGAGCGCGACCUGGCCGAGCUCAAGUCGUCGCUGGUCAAUGAGUCCGAGGGCGCGGCGGGCGGCGCAGGGGUCCCGGGGGCCGGCACCGGGGCCCGCGGCGAGGCGGAGGUCGGGGGUGAGGCGCUCGGACGGGAGCACGCUUCGCAGAGACUUUUCCCCGACAAACUUCCAGAGUCUCUGGAGGACGGCCUGAAGGCCCCAGAGUGCGCCAGCGGCAUGUACAAAGACACCGUCUACUCCGCCUUCAAUCUGCUCAUGCACUACCCUCCCCCCUCGGGAGCAGGGCAGCACCCCCAGCCGCAGCCCCCGCUGCACAACAAAGCCAGUCAGCCAGCCCACAGCGUCCCGCAACUCUCUCCUCUCUAUGAACAUUUCAGCAGCCCACACCCUACACCUGCACCAGGCGACAUCAGCCAGAAACAAGGAGUUCACAGGCCUCUGCAGACCUCCGACCUCUCUGGCUUCUACUCUUUGACCUCAGGCAGCAUGGGACAACUCCCCCACACUGUGAGCUGGCCCAGCCCUCCUCUCUACCCCUUGUCCCCUUCCUGCGGAUAUAGACAGCACUUCCCUGCCCCCACUGCAGCCCCUGGCGCCCCCUACCCCAGGUUCACCCACCCAUCCCUGAUGCUGGGCUCUGGUGUACCUGGUCACCCUGCAGCCAUCCCCCACCCGGCCAUCGUACCUCCCUCAGGGAAGCAGGAACUGCAGCCGUAUGACCGCAGCCUGAAGACACAGGCAGAAUCCAAGGUGGAGAAGGAAGCCAAGAAGCCAACCAUCAAGAAGCCCCUCAACGCCUUCAUGCUGUACAUGAAGGAGAUGAGAGCCAAGGUCAUUGCAGAGUGCACACUCAAGGAGAGUGCUGCCAUCAACCAGAUCUUGGGUCGAAGGUGGCAUGCACUGUCUCGGGAAGAGCAAGCCAAGUAUUAUGAGCUGGCCCGAAAGGAGAGGCAGCUGCACAUGCAGCUGUACCCAGGCUGGUCAGCGCGGGACAAUUAUGGGAAGAAGAAAAGGCGGUCUCGGGAAAAGCACCAGGAAUCCAACACAGGAGGAAAAAGAAAUGCAUUCGGUACUUACCCGGAGAAGGCCGCUGCCCCAGCCCCGUUCCUUCCGAUGACAGUGCUGUAGGCUGCCCCGGGUCCCCAGCCCCCCAGGACUCGCCCUCAUACCUCCUGCUGCCCCACCUCCCCACAGAACUGCUUGCUAGUCCUGCGGAGCCAGCGCCUACAUCACCAGGGCUCUCGGCCGCUCUCAGCCUCCCAGCCCCCUGGACCCCCCCAGCCCCUCCCCAGCGCCUUGCAGAGUACACAGGUACAACAAGAGGAAUCUCAGAGACAGGCAGCCUAGGAUGCACAGGACACCUGGCUGCCUCCAGGGGCCCAUCCUCUGAGAGGAAGCGACAGAGCCCCAAAGCACAUGGAAACUGGCCAAGGGCCCUGUUACCUCCCUCUCCAGGACCAGGCCCAGGAGACUUCCGAGGCUGCACAACUUCUGCCUGAACCUGGGGCCAUCAAUCCAACUGCUCCGAGUGGCAGGAGUCAGAUCUGUGUUGUGUCAUCUGAUUAAGGGCAUCCCUUGUGCCUAUAGCAGCCUGCAUCUAUCCCUUUUACCACUGUCUUGCUGGCCAGAUGCCCCUGCUGCCUCAUCUGCUUUUUUGCUAUAGCUGUCCUAGAUGCUUGGGACUGAGCCCAGCUGCUUUCCCUACCCUCCACCUCCCCAGCCCCACCACUGCCACACCCUCCCCAUACCAGACACUUACUUCAUGGACUAAUGAGCUGGUUUAUGAAACAACGCCUGAGCAUGGUCACAACCACGUGCUCAAGAGGACAAUACUUAUGUCAAAAGGGCCAGGAGAAGCCCUUUUGACAGAAAAGGAGUAAUCAUUCCUAAGCUGGACCAGAAGGAAGCCUCCUGCCAUGUUCUCAAGAGCUUGCAAGACAAGGAGGGAAUGGAACAGUUAAAUAUAGGCCUAUCACCGCAGGCAGCAGGAAUAACCUGACACUACCUUAUCAGGCAAGUAUGGGCAGUGAGACGUACCUGGCUCUAGUUCAAAUUACUUGGAAAUGUUUCCAAGAGAAACUCAGCCUCACCAUAAGCUCUGAUUACCAAGGUCCCAAGCCUUGGGUUGGGUGAACUCAACAGCUGAAAGAAAUUACGGCCCAAAACCUAGCGUGCAUCCCUCCCUACUCCUAGAAGCCCUCAGUCACAGCUCCAUUUCCUACUUAUCCGUGUCAGUCUAGGCAGCUCUUGGGCAGUUGAGAGAGAAGGCAAACCUCGUGACAGUCAGUGCCUACCUUCCAGCACAAAACAGGUCAGCUUCAGUUUCCUAAUAGUCCUGCAGGAAGGACCAUCACCAUCAAAGCAAGAAGUCCAGAGAACCUCUAGUGGUAGUCAGUGGGUUUUCACCACAGCCUACUUUAACCCAUUUCUGAGCCAAGCUUCAACCCUGAGCCUUAAAAAAAAAACUUUUAAUUUAACUUUUUUUUUUU